AUGCCACGUGAUUCCACACCCUACGACCGGAAAGCUGUAAGGACCUCAGCAAGGCUAGGAGGAAACCGACUGCAGAUUGAACCGGCAGCACCUGAUCCCUUGGUUGGAGAGUCUUCAGUUGAAUCAAUCUUGAAAAGAUGUGAAACACAAAUUAACCAAAAAGUUGAUUCAAUUACUGCAAGAUUGACUUCACUUGAGAAAUGGAAUCGUGAACUUGACCAGGCUCAGCAGAGCAAUUCUCAAUCAGGGAACUCUUUAACCAAGAAUGAGAUUCAAGAUGAAGUCAAUUCCUAUAUCAGGCAAGCUAUUCACGAGUACCAGAAUUCCUUUUGGCGUGAAAUUGAGGAAGCAGUUGCGUUGAAGGGGUAUGCCACCAACAGUGACCUUGGAAAUCAAAUACAACACUUGUCUGAAUCUGCCAAGGCCCAAACCGCGCAUGUAUCAUCCAUAUUUGAAACCGGACGUUUGGAACUACAAGGAAGUCUUGCAGAAAGAAUCAAGGAAGUUCGUGACGAAAUCACAGAUAAUCAAAAGACUGUGCAGAAAAAGCUUGAAGGUGUUGAGCUCAGAGCUUCACGACUUGAAGAGCUUGCAAAAGAGUAUGGACAAAAACUGGAAAGACAGAAUCAGAUCUUUGACACCUCAACAAACGACCAAGGACAAAUCACUCAAGCACACGUGGACCAAAUUGAGUUGGUAUUGAAUCAAAAAUUCCAACACACAAUCAUAUCUGCAAACGAAGAACUGAAAGCAAAAGGUGAAGAAUACACAAAUCAAUUGUUUUCCAACACCCAAUCUAGCCUUGAAGAUGUCUCAACUUCUUUUCAGGUGAAGCUUGACUUUCAAGAUGAAGCUAUGAGAUCUCAGCUUCAAGGCAUGAAUGGAAAGCUUCAAGAUGCAAUGAAACGGAUUUCUGAUCUUGAGGAAAAGGUUAUGUAUCAGCCAGCCAACACUUUCUUACCAAAAAAAAACCAUCCAGCAAUCCAAAAGUCAAAACAGAAGGUUGACCGAAUGACAGACUCUGAGCCUAGAUUGACUCAAUACAGACAUAUAAGUGAUAAUGAAUCCGAACCUCAAGAACCUCCAGUCACGAAUAAUCCCAAAACCGCUUCAAGCUCUUGUUUGCCUUUCCAUUCUAGCCCAUUAGAAAAUUGUGGAACAGCUUCAGGAACCAGACGUACAGAUGCUAACACGGGAGAUGAAAUGGAUAUUGAUAUAAGUGAUAACGAAGCCGAACCUGAUCAAGAACCUCCAGUCGCGAAUAAUCCCCAAGCCGCUUCAAGCUCAGAUAUAACUGAUAACAAAGCCCAACCUCAAGAACCUCCAGUCAUGAAUAAUCCCCAAGCCGCUUCAAGCUCUCGUUUGCCUUCCCAUUCUAGCCCACUAAAAAAUCCUGGAACAGCUUCAGGAACCAGACGUAACAGAGUCAAGAUACUAAGUUUGUCACAGAACUGCAAACAGGUUGAUCUUUGUACUGAGGCAGAGAAACAUGAUGAUCAAGUACUUAAUCGAGCUAUGCAGUCAUUUCUAUACUAUCUUGCGCAGCAAAAACAAAGCAAAUAUCCUCCACUCCCGCAACCAACUGGCGAUGACGUUUCUUCCUUGAAAAAUUUGAAACCAAUUGACAAUCUUCUUCAAAACGGAACUUACAUUUUGGAUGAGUAUGCUAGUGUAGGACCCAAUACUCCAUAUCUGAUAUCUAGUGAAGAAGUCCAAAGAAUAGGAACCUAA